AUGAAUCACACUUUCAUUACUCUUAUCCCGAAGAAAGCUUCGCCGGAGUCCAUGAAAGAUCUUAGACCUAUCAGUCUAUGCAAUGUGAUUUACAAGUUUAUAGCUGAGGUGCUAGCUAAUAGACUCAAGAGGGUUCUCCCAAGUUUGAUUCACGAAUCUCAAAGCACGUUCGUACCUGGAAAACUUAUAACUUAUAAUGCGCUUAUUGCCUUUGAGUUGUUCCACUCCAUGGCUAAGCGUUCGCAGGGUAGAAUGGGUUCAAUUGCGCUUGAGUGGAGUUUUAUUGAGAAGGCUAUGGGUCAGAUGGGUUUUCCGGGGCACUUUAUCAAGCUUAUCUCUGCCUGCAUAUCGUCGGUCACAUUUUCCUUUUUGGUAAAUGGUAAUCCGUAUGGAUUCCUUCUGCCACAGCGAGGUCUCCGUCAAGGCGAUCCUUUGUCGCCAUACUUGUUCCUUAUAUGUGUGGAGGAUGAUAGUGUGUUGUUUGCACAAGCUUCGGAUACGGAAUGUUACGCUCUCAAGCGGAUUAUCAGUGCUUUCGAAGUUUCUUCUGGUCAGGUGGUUAAUUUUGACAAAUCGGAACUCCUUUUCAGUGCAGGAGUACCUCAGAGACAGCGCCAUUCUAUUCAACAAAUCCUUGGGAUUCAGGUAGUGGAUUCUUUUAAGAAAUAUUUGGGUAUGCCAACCAUGGUGGGUCGGUCUAAGAAACCAAUUUUUUCUUUUCUGAAAGACCGGCUGAAUAAGAGAGUUUUUGGAUGGAAGGAGCGGUUUUUGUCGAAGGCAGGUAGAGAGGUUCUGAUCAAGUCAGUAGCUCAAUCUAUCCCGACGUACAUUAUGAGCUGCUUUGCGUUACCUGUUUCCUUUUGUUCUAACAUGCAAAGUAUUAUUUCUAAGUUCUGGUGGAGCGAAACUGACGAAAAAAGGAUCCCUUGGCUAAACAGGCCUAACGCCUUAUUCAGAAUCCUGAAUCGAGUUUUCAAAGCGAAAUACUUCCCAAAUGACUUAUUUAUUCGAGCUUCUCUCAAACGUGGUGCAAGUUUUGUUUGGCGAGUAUUAUGGAGGGGAAGAAAGUUCUCGAUGCGGGGGCAGCGUGGCGGAUUGGUGGUGGAUCGAGAUAAAAUUGAUAGGGCCUUUUCAGUACAGGAUGUGAAUGAAAUUCUGAAGAUUCCAUUUAGUAGAAGACUUCCCCCGGACAAGUUGUUCUGGCCUGCGAACAAAAAUGGUUUCUUCACGGUUAAAUCUUGUUAUUAUAAGGCAUGUAACAUCAUUAAUAAAGGAGUUGCUGGUUCGUCGAUAUCUUCUGAUCUUGAUGGAUUAUGGAACAAAAUAUGGAAGUGCUCAGUGUGGUGCGGAAGCAGAAACAACCCUCCAUGCAUUGAGAGAUUGCGAGGAAGUCCGGGGUCUUUGUUGUUAUCGCCGUUGAAUUUGCGGGUUCAUAGAAGUCCCGCUGCCGAUUUGAUUGAAUGGCUUUGUAGCAUGUUUACUACCCUCAAAUCUGAUGAGUUGCAAGUUUUUGUAACCAGUUUAUGGAUAAUAUUGAAUGAUCAUAACAACGUUGUUUUUGAGAAUCACCGAGUGCCGGCUCAAUUCUUGUUUCGUAGCGUCAUUGCUCUAUGUGACACGAUAUCUGAUUAUCAGGUUCAACCUCAAGAAAACGCUCCAGUUGUUUGGCAGGCUCCUCCUCCAAACUGGGUUAAAAUCAAUACUGACGCGGCCAUUGUUAAACACAAGAAUCUCUCAAUUAUCGCUGCUGUUUGUAGGGAUCAGAAUGGUGAUGUGGUGAGGUGCGGGGUUCAGAUUGUGCAUGGUUUGGUAGAAAUUAAGUUAGCUGAGACAUAUGCUAUUCGAAUGGGUCUCCAACUUGCUGCUGUAACUUCAGUUCAUGAUGUGAUAAUAGAGUCUAAUGCUCUCACAGUUAUUCAGCGUUUGAGAAAUCCGAGUAGUGCCAUAGACAAUGUUAAGCUGAUUGUGGACGAUUUUUUAGCGUUGGUUCAGGAUUUUAACGUGGUGUUCCAACACAUAAAUCGGAAUGGCAACCAAGUUGCCCAUGCUCUAGCUAAAAGGGGCGUUUUUCGGAAAAGAUUGUAA